GAAUCCCCGGUUGUCCAUUCGAACGUACAAUGCGGCAAGCGCGGAGUGCAUAUUUCGCUGCAUGCUGCCUGGAGGAAAAUACGAUUCCCACGAGUUGACGCUAACAGAAGAAAGUCCUGAAUGAUGUGAGAUAUCCUUGGCGAAGUAACGAUGCAAUUUAAAGUCAUCAAAGUAUUUUUUCACCAAACCAAACCCUGCUGAUGAUCGUGUAGGCGGAGCGAGUGCAGCAUGCAGUUCUGUUUGACUGCCAGUACGGAUACCGUAUGACAUUUUGCUGAGCUGUGGCUGUAACAUAUAGUGUGCAUGAUGACAAGGUCACUUUAGAUUGCUUGAACCAGGAAAUUGAGGAUGAGAUAACAGUGACUUAAGUAUUUUAAUAUAGUUGACUUACCCAUGCUGACAACAACACCAACCUCGUACUUCGUAGUCGUACAUAGCAGUAUGUAGGAACAACAUAACGGUAACUUUAACUUACUUUACAGUACAGAGAGUUCUCUAAGGUUAACUAGCUCUCUUAACUUCUCAAGAUGGCAUCUGCCAUUCUCUCUGCACCUCAACAAGUUCCUUUCAUUGGAAGAGCAAGGGACAUGAACAAUGUAACUGAAGCUUUCAUGGAUACAAUACUGAGCAUCAUACAACAUGGGGAGAAGCAAGUCUGUUCACUGACCAAGCUAGCUCUCAUCUGUGGAGGUCCACUUGUCGGUAAGACCCGCUGUGCAGUCGAGACUGCUCAGGAGCUUAAAAGAUUAAGCAGUCUAUCUGAUGUCCAGCUGAACGUCCACUCUGUUGAACUCCAAGGGCUCUGCAAUGCACGUCAAGUAGAGGCGAAGAUGGCAUCAGCUAUGUUACCAUGGCAACAGAGGGAUACCAGGAUGUUGAGAGGUUUUAGAGAUGUUUUGGAUGACCUGGAGGACUGGCAUCUGUUCAUCUUGGAUGGGGCAGAGUGCUUUGGGGGCAACAACCUUCAGAAUGAUUUUAUGGUGUUAUGUCAAGAGGUCAUCGAGGGGUCAUCUAGGGUGCUUAUUAUGAUCACAUCUCAAUGGAAGUUCAACUUCAUCAGAAUCAUGAAACAGGUACUACCGAUCCACCUAAAUCCAUUUUUACCAGAAGAAUCCAAGCAACUCCUGUUCUCCGUAGCAACCGAUCUGGAAGAAUCAGGCAACGAGGAAGACAUUGAUGAGAUCAUCAAGCUGUGUGGGGGGAUCCCCUUUGCCCUUGAGCUUGUAGGAGCCGACCUGAGAGAUCAAAAGCGACAGCUUGCCGACAUCAUCCAUGACCUCAACAAAGGUUACAGGGAGAAAAGGGCAAGCUGUCAAACCUUCUCUGAUAGUAGGGAUGGGGAUGAGAGUAGCAUAGUUGAUGGUGAUGGAAAGAGAACAGAGGAUGAUGGUGAGGAGGACAGGAGAAGCAAAGAAGAGGAGCAUCUUUCCAAUCGGGUCUGGCAAACUUUGGAACAACUUAUGGAGAGCAGUGUGGAUAAGUUAUCCUGCCCUGUAAAGAAAAGGCUCACUCAGCUGAAUUUCAUCUCAGCUUCAUUUACGGCUGAAGCUGCCGCAUGCAUCACCAACAUCAACCCGACGUCUUGCACCAAGAGGGAUCUACUCAUCCCCCUCCACACACGCUCUUUAAUCGCCAUUGAUACGCUCACCAAUCGCUUCAACAUCCUCUCCUUCCUGCGUCUGUAUAUUGAGGAACGGUACAGCCUUUUCCUGUCGCCUGAAGAGACGGACCUGGUGAGAGUGAGGUACUGUGGAUUCUAUGCGAGACUACUGCAGAGAGCAGCAGAGUUACUUGAGCAGGACAAUGCGUGCAAAUCCAUUCCCAUCUUUACAGCAGAACUGCAGAACAUGCAGAAACUGCUUCAGGAAUCCAUCCACUGCUUUGAAGAUAGCUAUGAUCUGUUUGUUGAAGUGGCUUACCAGGCUAGACAUCUAAUCCUUCUCUUCAUCCCAACCAAAGAUGCCAUCUCAUUCUACCAGGCAUGCCUGGAAGCGGCAGAGAGGAGGAAGGACAAACAGCGUCAAGCUCGGAUCCUCAUUUCAUUGGGUCGUCUGGUACGCUAUGUAGACGGUGACAUGAAGUAUGCUGAAGAGUUGUAUCGUCAAGCUCUUGGUCUUUUGGCACGAGAUGGGGACAGUCUAGACCAUGCUGCCAUCUUGUCUGUCCUUGGCUUUUAUUUCUUCGACAGUGCCAGACCAAAGUUAGCAAUCAGCUAUCAGGAAGAAACACUAGAGAUGAUAGAAAGGUUGGAAAGGAACUUGGGGGAUGACGAUCAUGAUGAAAGGGAUUCUGGGAGGGAAGUUCUUUCUCCCAGAAUGCAACUGUGGAGACUCAAGGAGCAGACAUUGGUUGAAAUGGCCUGUACUCAUGCGAGACUGGCUGGGAAUAGCAUCAAAGGCAUUUCCUGUCACGAGCAAAGCAUUGAAAUCCAGAAACGAUUGUGGAAGGAUCAUCUGAAUAUAGGCGAGAACUACUACUGCAUGGCCAUGGUCUACCACAACAUGGGAUAUAAGGAACACGCUGUGAGAUAUGUCUUACAAGCUCUAGAGAUCAUUGAAAGGUUGUGCACCCAGCCCAGUGGCACCCUUCUAGUUUGCUACAUACACGUUGCUGCAGUCCUCUGUGGAUGUGAAGAUGACUUUGCAGGUGCUAUGCGCUACAUCAAGAAGGCACAUCGAGUCCAAAGUCACCUCAAGACAAAGAAUAUCCUCGUUUUCUGUCUCCAUUACAUCGAGGCCAAGAUAGUUGCCCGGUCAGGCAACCUCACCAGAGCGCGUCAGAUGUUCAAGGAGGGUUUCGGUCUGGCCAUGCCGAUUCUGGGAGAGCAUCUCAAUACAGCACGGACUCUGCAGUCCGAAGGCUGGGCGGCACUGCGGCUCGGCGAUUGCGACGAUGCCUUGGAAACCCUUCAGCACUGUCUGGAGAUGCGACAGAAGGCCUUGAAGAAUAUGAAGUGGAACGUGGAGACAGCAGAGACAUUUGAAACCAUGGGCGAUGCUUGUGCUGCCCAAUAUCAACAACAGAGGGCGCUAGAUUAUUACGAACAUUGCUACCAUGCACUGGCUGACCCUAUUAGGUGCUACACUAAAAUGAGGUCUCCAGCAGCGGAGAAAGUUAAAGAUCUCAGAAGUAUCAUCUCCCGAAAGAUGGGAAUCGUUUCUCGGAACCAAAAGGAAUGGGAUCAUGAAGAGAGGGCGCUGAUGACAACAACAGUCAUCUACGACUACAACUACUGGCCUAUGAUUUAGGUCUGAAAAUAUGACAAGCAAAAGAGUUUCAUGAAUUUGCAUAUAACUUUUCGUUUUAAUAGUCAAUUACUUGUGAUUAUGUAUGCAGUUUUCAUUAAUUUUUUAUGAACAUUUGUUUCAUUGUAGAGCACUGUGAUACAACCAAUGUGAAGAGUGCUAUAUAAAUACUAAUAUUGUAUUGUAUUGUGGUAUAUUGUUAAUUCUGUCUCAAAAUUUCACAUAGGUGACCCUUGAUUUCACUUGUUUUAAUUUGCUUUGAACAUGAGUUGGUUUAGUUUGGUUUUAAUUUUCCAUUUCUCAGAAAAAAGUGCUUCAUCGUACUGUAGCCAUUAACAUUUUUAAUUUAGUUUGUUUUUAUUUUGUUUUCUUGUUAAAAUAAUCAAAGAAAAAAAAAAUCAAAACAGCAAUUGAGAGUGCCCUAUCUCAAGCCUAAAGCAUGAAAUGGACAAGGUGUCAAAAUGAAGAAAAAAACCGAAAGAACACAAAAGUGGUUCAAUAACAGAGACUCAUCUUUUAUUUUAAAAUAUGAAUAAAUAAGAGAGAAACAAAAACAAUAGUCAUAAAGAAAAAGGUGAUACAAAAAAGAGAAGAGAGAAAGUGUCUGUUACUUGUGACAAAAGGCUGAAAAUCUCUAUGAAAUGUUAUCCAUUUUAGAUGACUGAUUUGUAUGGCAAGAUAUAUAUUUCACAAUUUGUGAUAAUGUACACAAAAUACUAUUUAUCUAAGGAUCCAGUAUCAAAUUUUAAGUUAGUUCUAUACCAAAAAGGUAGAAUAAUAAUAACACUAUAUACAACUCAAAUAAUGUCUGCUGUGCAAUAUACAAUAGCUGUCAAUUUUCAUAAGCAUUGAAGAAGAUAUCCCACCCCUCCCAUUUUAUAAUCAAGUAUUAAAGCCUUUUUUUUUCAUCAAUUAUUUAUUCUGAUCAACUAUGGUCAUCAAUUUGAAUGCUGAAGUUUUUUGUUUGUAAAUGCAGAGUGUAGCAAUGUAUUUUUAUCUAUUUUAUCUGUAAAUAUAAGGUAUCAUAAAGGUGGUUAAACAGAAGUAACUCAUGAAUAGAUUUUUAUUUUCCUUUAGAAAAUUACUUUUUUCUGAAAUAGUAUAGUCUCUUAGAAGAGAUUGGCGUGACUGUAAACGACUUGAGGUUCAUGAGAUUCAGAUAAAGUGAAUUACAAUUUAAUGUUAAGUACAAUUGUGCAAGAAAAGGAUUUACUAGUCACAAGAGUGUGUGGAAGGUAGACUCCAUGAAUUGAUUAUUGCCACAGGCAAGAUUCUGUCAUUUCUCAUGGUAAUAGUUCCUUGAACUGGCUUUAUACUACACAGUUAAAUAUUGAAACACUUCUCAACAAUGUUUGAUUUCAUAAGUUUAUGAAAAUUGUCUUUAUAAAUUCACAUUGUAGAUUGUAGUAUCAAAAGGUAUACAAGGUGGAAAGGUAUUAUCAGCUUACAUUUUUAACAUUCCAGUAUUAAAUGUAUAUUCACAUUUCUACUUUAAAGCUCUCUGGUUUAAAAUGUUGACUACCAGGCAGUAUGUUUUUAUUUUUGUAUGAUAUAUUUUAGAAUAUAAAAUUAUUUAUUGACGGUCAUACAUGUAGUUGUGUAUUUUUCAAAGGAUGUUAAUGUGCUUUCCUCUAUUUAUAAUCGGUGUGUGUACAAUAACUUUGCUGCAUAUGAAUUUCUUGGGACCACAGGAAUAUAUUAAACUAGAAGAAAUGUUAUUUAUUCGAGGUAAAUAACAUAUUUUGUACAAUAGGCUUGUGAAAGAUAAAUUUAUGCUGUAAUUGAUUAAGGUGCAUUCUAGUCUAUCACUGAUAGGCUUUCUUAAUUGCAGAGAAUCAAUUAUGACUUAAAUUUGUGUAUAUUUAUCGGGUGUCAAUAUUUUAUCUGCUUCUUGCCUUUUUAAUAAUUAUUUUCAAUAUAUAUAUCUCUUUGUGCUUUCUUCAAAUGACUUCAUGUAGUAUUUACGUAAAUAUUUUCCUAAAUCAAUUCCAAAUCACUAUACAUGUAUGUAUGGAGAAAGUAAUUCUAUACAAAUCAUACAAAGAUUCUUGUCAUUUUAUUGGUUGAAAGUUAUACAAUAUUUGAUCCAUUUUGUGCUGCAUGCAAAUUUUAUUUUCCAUUGCAUGGCGACCAUGCAUUUUUUAUUUUUCCAUUGCACGGUCGAGCUCUCUCCCUCAGUGUGUACCACUGAGCAUGUGUGUGUACAUACAUUUUGUAUGUGUGUGUGUGUUUGCACGCGUUGAAGUAAGCGCAUCAUCAAAGCUGACUGUGAACACUCAGAUUCAUUAAUCAAAUUGCAUCACAAAAGGAAUGAAAACAAUUUCCUGCUUUCAUACACAGGGAAAAAUAAUCAUGUUUUCAGAGAAAAUGAAUUGUUGGAGAUAGGAAAAUAUAUUUUAAUUUCAUCUGCUUUUGAAUUACGUGAUCUAGAAGAGUCAUUGUAUAAACGAAAUGAUGUACGUCUUCAUUCGUCCAUUAUGCGACCUAUCCACUCUCAUUGAGGCUGUGUCGACUGCAUUGCACGAAGCUGUUUGGCUGAGUGCAAUGGAUUGAACAGAGCCUCAACUCAAACGAGGAUAGAUCACAUAAUGAAUUCAUGCAUCAUUUGUAUAGUUUAUAGUGUACUGAAUAGUCUACUUGUAGCCCUUUUAUCUAUGCAAUUAUGUUUAAUUUUCAAAAUAAUUUUAUACAUGAACUUUUUAAAUUUGUAACUUCAACUUUGCUAGUCAAAAUAAUAAAUCACAAUAUUACACUGUA